AUGGGGCACCUCCGCCCACCCCCUCCCCUAGGUAUGCCACCACAUUUAGGCCCCAGAGGACCCCCACUAGGUAUGCCACCCAUACCUGUAAUGGGACCUCUACCGCCACCACCAGGCCCAAUGGUCAGCAGCUGUACAAACUCCACGGAUCCAGAGUCGAUGGACUCUCGGUUGUUUGUUGGAAACCUCAACACUGUGGUCCUGUCUAAAGAAGACGUUGAAGGCAUUUUUAUCCGCUAUGGUUACAUUUUAGGCAUUUCUAUGCAUAAGGGCUAUGCCUUUGUGCAGUUCAGCCACCCUGAUGAAGCCAGAAGGGCAGGGGUCAGUGAGGAUGGACAGAUGUAUGCUGGACAAGCAAUUG